AUGGAAGCGGACAUGGCGGAGAUCGUAGUGCGGGAUGCGCGGGCCAGGCACGCUUCCGAGAAGCCGGGGGAUUUCGCGGCUGGGGAAUAA